AUGGAAGCUCUAAAACCUUCCUUUUUGUUUCAUCUCUUCGCCGUCAACCUUCUUGGCCUCUUGCUUCCCCUCUCCUUCCUCCUCCUCCUCCGCCUCUCCUCCGCCCUAUAUCUCCCCGCCCCGCCGCCAUUGUUCCUCUCUCUCAUUCUCUACCUCAAUUCUCCUCUUCUCUUCCUUCUCGUUACUUUCGUUAUCGUCUCCGCCCUCCUCCAUUCCCUCACCGGUAAAUCCAUUCUCCACACUAACUUUCCCGGCCAUGUCUCCCAACCACGUCUCUACGCUGCUUGGAUUCUCCUCUGUACUUUUCAGGUGUGUGUCGGUGUCGGAAUCGAGGGAAGUUUGUCGAUUGGCCUCAGCGACACGGUUGUCGGCCGUGUCGAGGGCGGCCUGUGGAGUAGGAUAUUGUUCUUUUUGGGACUUCACGAGUCUGUAGUGCACUGGACGAAGACGGUGGUGAAGCCAGUGGUGGACGACACUGUAUUUGGGGAAACCCGAAAAGAGAGAUGGUUUGAGACGACGGCAACUACGUUGAGCUUCGGCGGCCUCUGGUGGUGGCGGUUGAGGGAUGAAGCGGAGGCGUUGGUGGUCGUGGCGGAACGAAAGUGGUUGAUGGCAGCGGAGGAAUUGGGUCCGGUGGACAUUUUGGGUUGGUGCUUGUAUUAUGUCAACGUUGCCGUUGGAAUUGCAAAGGUCGUUAAUUCUGUUGCUCAGUUUUUGGAUAAGGUUCGCUUCUCAAGAAAACAAUCUAAAACCUAUGAAGUUGUUCUUGAGGAUAAUGUCUAA